GCUACACAUUGCAACUCAUAUGUGAAGCUUCACUUGAAAUUCCCAAUUAAUACUAUUACUAAAGUUUUCUCAAGAGUUACCUAAUGUCUAUCGCUGGACAACCAAAACAUGUUCAAGAGAUUUCUGCGGAAGGAAUAGAACCUCCAUCGGAGUUUUUCGUUAAGGAUACUAUUCUUGCUGGAAACUUAGGCUCUGUUUCAUUGAUCCAAAUACCGAUCAUCGAUCUGAAUUUGCUUUUAUUGGAUCCCUAUUCUGAAGCAUACAAGGAUGAAAUCAACAAACUGCUAGAUGCUCUCAGCUCCUGGGGUGUUUUUCAGGUAAUAGGUCAUGGGAUGUCAAGUUCAUAUUUGGAGGAAAUACGUAAUCUCAUCAAGAAAUUCUUUUGUCUAUCAAUUGAAGAGAAGCAAAAAUAUGGCAGAGCUGCUGAUGGAUUUGAAGGAUAUGGAAAUGACCCAAUUUUUGUUGAAGGACAAGUUUUAGAUUGGUGUGAUCGAUUGUUUUUGACAGCAUACCCUCAAGAUCAAAGAAAUCUUCAAUUUUGGCCUCAAAAUCCUCCUAAUUUUAUGAACGUCUUUGAAGAAUAUUGUAAUAAGGUGAUAGUAUUAACAAGAACUUUGCUAAAAAUAUUUGCAAGAUCACAAAACUUGGAGGAUGAUGCUUUCUAUAAAGAGAUUGGAGAAAAAACAUUGGUACAAGCUAGAUUUAACUUGUACCCUAAAUGUCCAAAACCAGAUAAAAUUUUGGGAGUCAAAGCUCAUGCAGAUGCAUCAAUAAUCACUACUCUUUUGCAAGACAAAGAAGUUGAGGGCCUUCAAGUUUUAAAAGAUGGUAAAUGGUAUGGAGUUCCUACAAUACUCCAUGCUUUACUAAUCAACGUUGGCGAUCAACUCGAGAUAAUGAGUAAUGGAAUUUUCAAGAGCCCAAUUCAUAGGGUGGCAGCAAAUUCAGAACAAGAAAGGAUAAGUUUAGCAGUGUUCUAUUUCCCAGAUUAUGAAAAAGAGAUAGAGCCCCUCCAAGGUUUAAUAAAUUCACAAAGGCCCCAAAUGUUUAGAAAAGUUAAAAACUAUCCUUCUAUUAGUUUCAAGUCCUUCCAUAGUGGUCAAAUAGCCAUUGACACUCUUAGAAUUUCACCUUCUCAAUGAAAGUUUUCAACAAAUUUCCCCUAAUUAUAUGUAGAUUCCAACUUGAUUAUUGGAUUGAAAA